CUCAUACGCAGCACAGCUGUUCGGCCUCUUGUGCUCAUGUAAUCGGUGCAGAAUUUUCUAUUUUCCCUAAAAUUUUAAUUAAAUUUCAUAAAAUGCUGCGUCGCUUUGUGCAAAUCGGUGGCCGGGAACUGUGCCGAACCCAAUCGACGGCUGCCGCCACGGAAAAGUGGGAUCUAUACGCCGGAAUUCUAGUGGAGCGCCUGCCUGUGGUUUCAAAGACGCUAAGUCCUCUCGAGAAAAAGUUCCAGGAUGUGUUGUGGCGCGUGGAGUACGAAAACAGCCUAAAGUCUGACCACGAGGUGAAGCACGAACGAGAAAUCGUCCAGGCGGAGCUGAUCAAGCAGGGCAAAGUGCAGGUGGACCUGGAGGACAGUGGCUCAAAGCAAACUGCGCAGGAUCUCAAGGAUAACUACAUCGAGGAGCUAAAGAAAUUCCAAUUUGGAGACCGUACCACCCCGGAUGACAAGGCCAACAAAACCAGCUCUACAGAUCGCUGCCUGGAGGACACGCUCUAUCUUCUCGUUCAGCAGAAGCUCGGCCAGCAGGAACACCUGAUCUUACCCCAGGGCAAGCGGGAGGAGGGCGAAUCAAUGCGCCAGACGGCAGAGCGCGUGCUUAGGGAGCAGUGCGGCCAGGAGCUGCGGGUACUUUUCUACGGCAACGCUCCCGUCGGCUUCCACAAGUACAAGUACCCCAGCAACCAGCGGACGGAAAGCGUCGGAGCGAAGGUGUUCUUCUACAGGGCGUCUUUGCGAUCUGGUCAGGUGGCAGAAAAGGCAGCCAAGUUCGAGUGGCUGCCUAAGGAGGCGCUUAACGGAAAGCUGAAGAACGUCGCCUAUGCGGAAAGCGUUAACAAAUUCUUGUUGUAAUUUUAAUUGUUUUAUUUUGUUUUCUUAUCUAACAAAUAAAUAUUCUUUAUGACCAGAAAA